GAACGAAACGAGCGUGUAUAUUAUUCUUACGAAAUAACUAAUUGAAGAAAGUGGUGAAUUACUUCACCUUCGGUAUUUUGAGUAUUUAUAUUCACUUUAGAAUAAUAAUUUUACCAUUGUAAUUUCUGUCUGAUACAAAUUGUUUGUGAUUUAGCUAGCAUAACCUCAAAAAAUUUCUUUAGGCUGUUAAAUUGAUUUCAGAAUUUUGAAAGAAAUAGAGGAGACAUGUAUUAUUUAGAAAUUUUCGUGAGUACAAAAGAAUCCGGGCUUCCAGAAAGUGCUACUAUGGUGCAGGUUUACAUGCAAAAAAGUGUUAGACAGUUUCUCGGAGAAGAGGGGUGCAAAGAUAAGAUUGAUAUUUUAAAAUACGAUUCUUUAAAGCAAACGAUCAUAGUUCGCUGUAGCAAUGCAAGUUAUGUACGUUUAAGAGCAGCUUUGGUUUUAUCGAAUAUUUGCGAAGAGCAAUCACCUUGUGGCUUUACAAUUAACAGAGCCUCACAGAAUUUGUUAAGUCUUAGAAGCAACAGCAGAUCUCACAAGCACGGUGAAGUUGUAUGAAAAUGGAAUUUUUAUGUUUUUUGUGUCAUUCAAGCCUGCCGGCUAGUCGAUUUUUUCACUUUUGAUAACGAAAUUAAAGUUAGAGAAAAAAUAUUACAUUACGGGGAAAUCGGGAAACCCGGAAAUUUUAUUCAGUGACCGGGAUAUUUCUCUCGAAUGUACUAAUAUUCAAAUUAAAAGUGGUAUCAGAAAUUUUAUUAUUGUUCUAAUUCUGAGUUAAAACAGGGAAUUUGUGGAUAAACAAAAGCAAAAAUGUGUGAUAAUUUAUGAACAAAAAGUUUGUGACGGCACUUCUAUAGAGAAUUUGAAUUUCCACUUAGAAACAGGAAACUUUCUAAAAGAUUUAUAAUUUGUGCUUCGGGACAAUAAAUUUUCUGAAAGAAUUAUAAUUUUUAUUUGUCUUCACUUUAGAUCAAGAAUUUUCAUAAGGAACUAAAAUAUUCACUUUGGGACGGAGUUUCCUUAAAUAAUUUAAAGUUUGGAUAAACCAGGUAAUAAAAACUACGUAUAACGCCUAAAAUCGGUUUAAAAUAAUUUGAUUGGAGGUUUUUAAUUCAUUUAAAUUAUUAACAAUAAUUUACCUCAAG